AUGGUUCUCAUCGAGGUAAACAGCGACUCCGACUCCGAUUCCAGCAUGGGUUUCCCCGUGUCGGCGGCCGAUCUGACGGCGGCCUUGCAACUGUUGGAGCCGGCCAACCAGCCCCAUGGUCUCGCACCGACGUCGAAGGAGAUCUCCACGGCCUCGCUGGCGGCCAAGCCCCCCCGUGGUCGCCCGCGGAAGGCUAAGUCGCCAUCCUCGGCCUUGCCGGUGGUCAAGAGCCCUCGUGGGCGCCCGCGAAAGGCUGUGUCGUCCUCCUCGGCCUCGCCGGCGGCCAAGCGCCCCUAUGGUCGCCCGCGGAAGGCUAAAUCGUUGUCCUCGGCCUUGCCGGUGAUCAAGCACCCCCGUGGGCGCCCGCGAAAGGCUGCGUCGCUCUCCGCGGCAUCGCCGGCAGACAAGGGCCCCCGUGGGCGCACGCGAAAGGAUGCGGCGACCUCCUCAGCCUUGGCACCCUGUGUGGCCUCAUCACCGAGAAAGCGACCCAGCGGAGCUCCGUCGAUGGCCUCGCCGCCGGCUAAACGGCCCCGCGGGAGGCCACCGAAGAAGGCGGCAUCCGGGGGCUCGAGGCCUGCCUCCGGCGACGAUGACUCAUCCGACUCCUUCGACAAACUAGAGUUCAUGAGGAAGCACAUGCAUCAAAUGGGUGAUGAUUUGUAUGAGAAGAGCAAGAUGCUUGCAAAAGCGCAAGCCAAGAUUGCUGCCCUCGAAGAUGAAAUUGAGAUUUGA